UUUUCAUUUGUACGGUGACCAUAAACGUCGGUCAAUGUUAAUUCAAGUCGAAGAAAAAUGAAGCCAUGUCUUCUGAAUGUUGUCGUUAUCUCAAGUGUGCUGGUCACAUCGUUCCUAAGUGUACCGGUUCUUGGCAGCUCAGUGAUAAACAAUUCUUUAAAGCAAUUUUUAUGGGAGACUAAAGAUCUGCUUAAAUUGUGUGCCAGUUCUAAUCAUUCCCAUUGGGACUGUUUAAAGCAAGAGAGUCUAUCAAUUGUGGACGAUUUUGUCAGCAGUGAAAAAAUUCCCCUAUUAGCAGGAGCUGCUUUGGUGCGAGUCGAUAAUGAUUACGAUAACACUGUUAAUAUAAGUGAAAACGUGGUGAAUACACUCCAUGACGAUGACGGGAAUAAUGGAACCGUGGAUGGAACGUGGCAAAGUCGCGUGUUGGGUGCUCUGGAUACUUUGUUCCAAACACAUGUACUACAGAUAAAUUUUCUGAAAACGGUUCGCGGGAAGGAACAACAUAACAAGAAGAAUAAGAAAGACUGGCUGCAGCAGUAUUAUCGGAAGAUGAAAAAUCAGAAUGUGGUUGAAGGCCGCCAUCGUCGCCACCGGCAACAGAUGAUUCCAAUGAUGAUUUUCGGUGUCACGGUUUUCGGAAUGUUUGUGAUUCCCAUAGGAUUCCAAUUUCUGGCGGCACUCAGCGGAAAGGCGUUCUUGAUGGCGAAACUUGCUCUGCUGCUGGCGUCGAUCAACGGACUGAAAAGGGUAGCGUCGGCUGGCGUACACUACGGACUUUAUCACACCAUCGACCCACAUCACUCACCGCAUUCGCCCGGCGUGUUCUACGACCGGGAGUCAACAUUUGGCCCUCGUAAUUCGCCACCGAUAGAAUAG